UGGUAGCCUAAGCCUUCUUGUAAAUCGCGGUGUUAAGAUAACAAAUUUUGCUUAAAUGUCUGUAACUCAGUGUUAAUUUAAUUUAAUUUUUAUUUUAUUUAUCUUUGCGCUGUGUUUCAAACUUUGAUGUAGGCCUAAUAUUUCCAUAUUUUAGUUGCAACGAAUUAGUAGGCUAUAAAAAUACAACUGUGUAAAAUAAUUUCAAAUAAAGAGUAGUCGUACUAUUUCAUUUUAACAUUUUGUGUGUCGGCCACUCUCACAAACUUGGCAAAUUGCCAUUAAUUUAUAAAUUGAUUAAUUAAUUAAUUAAUUUGUCCUGUAAAUCUUUCUUAUUUCCAAAUAGAGACAUUCAGCUUACUGUCACCUAGUGAUAUAUGACCGUAUAUAGCCUAUAAUUUCACUUUAACAUGGAAUUUCCUUCAAACAGUGUCAGAAAAAGCUUUCAUUUGUUGUAUUUUUAUUUUUUGUUUUAUUUUUAAUUUACUUUUCUGAAAAUAGUGUAGAAUACAAAUAACUAUUUCGGCGCGAGUGUUACCACAGAACAAUUUUAUAAACUACCAUUUUUAAUGGCAUUUGCGCGUACAGAGAUCUUGAUCUGUUUCGGUCCCAAAGAUGUAAUCCCAGCCUGAGUUCCUCUUAUUUCUACAGGCCAUCAUGAUCAAGACAUCUGGAGUGGGAAAAGAUGAUUUAAGAUUUAUGUAAGGCGGUUUAUAAAGCUGCCAUUAUGCCCACAAGGAUCUCUGGGAGGAGUUAAAUGCUCAGGGACAAUACUACAGCCCUCACUCCGGCCAAUCUGACGUUUCUUGACGUGUCGAAGGGGAUGUCACUCACACAAUAGAGUCCCGGUCGAGGGGGAUCCAUAUAAGGCCCCUGGGGGCCACUGCAUCCUCAGUGUGUGCAGGACCACUACUGGAGAAAGUUGCUUCUGCUGGAACAGCCUGGACUAUUGGAAAUAGAGUGUAUUGCAUAGGAAAACAUGGGGAAUCCUUAGUGCUUUCUGUUUUUUCUCAAACUAAACGUUCAAUGAGGCUUGUUGGAUCUCAGUCCCAAGACAUGGAAGAGCGUCUCUCCCCAUCCGCGCGCCUGGUCCGCAGUCCUGGAUCCCAAACCAGGAUCCACAGCAUUGAAUCCAUUUUGGGAUUUAAAGGAGAGAAUAUCUUCCACCCGGCGUUUUCUUAUGGAUCCGGGAAGCCUAUCAAAGACAACGAGCAUUUGUCUUCCCCCAAAAAGGACUCCAAAAACUUUGAUGGUGUCUGUAGAUCCGCCGUUGUGGUCAGUCCGGAUCUGCCGGAUGUGGAUGGUGGUAAAUUGUCGGAUGAUGAAAAUCCGAAGAAAAAGCACCGGCGGAACCGGACCACGUUCACCACCUUCCAGCUGCACGAGCUCGAGAGAGCGUUUGAGAAGUCGCAUUAUCCGGACGUGUACAGCAGAGAGGAGCUCGCGCUCAAGGUCAACCUGCCGGAGGUCCGAGUGCAGGUUUGGUUCCAAAACCGCCGUGCAAAGUGGCGACGUCAGGAGAAGCUGGAGGUGAGCUCCAUCAAGCUGCAGGAGUCCUCCAUGCUGUCCAUCCCUAGAUCAGGGCCGCUGUCUCUGCCGUUAGAGCCCUGGCUUACCGGACCCAUCACCUCCUCCAGCUCUCCCCUGCAGUCCCUGCCCAGCUUCAUCACCCCUCAGCAGGGAGUACCAGCCAGCUACACCCCUCCACAGUUCCUCAGCUCAUCCACGCUCAACCACCCUCUGCCCCAUAUAGGAGCGGUGUGUCCCCCUCCACCAGCGUAUCAGUGCUCGGGCUUUAUGGAUAAAUUUACACUAGAAGAGGCAGACCCACGAAACACAAGUAUCGCCUCGCUAAGAAUGAAAGCGAAGGAACACAUCCAGUCUAUUGGGAAGACGUGGUAGUCUGAGGAGGAUGCUGACUGAGACACUCAGAGACUUGUUUGCAUCUCCUUUAACUUUCUAAAUCAGACUCUGUUUGAAGAGAAGCGGUUUUCACAUCUGUUUGUGGUUCAGAAAGCUCCCAGAGUUGUUCAUUAUGGAUGACAAGCUUUGUAAAACAAAUUCACUGUACAUUACUGUCUUUUUGUUUUUAUUAUGAGUUCAUUUAAAAAAGUUUCCUUGCUAAUGCAUAAAACAUGCAACCGGACUUAAUUCUAUCCUUUUUAUAAAGCAUUCAAAGAGAGAAAUAAAAAUUUGCAUUAUAAAUGCAUGCAUUUAAUUGCAUUUGAAUCACAUUCGUCCCAUUCAAAAUCCUCAUCGAGCCUUUAAAAUACUAUUCAGUGCUAGAAAAAGGGUUUCAUUCUUUAAGUAUUGUACGA